AAACUUAUUCAUAUACAGGUAUUUGAACGUUAAAUAGUUAUGUUUAUAGCAGUAUUGCUCUGUUGGUACUGACGUAUCGUAGAACGCACCGUAGAACGCAGAUUUGUUUACAAUUAAUACGCUUUCUGCCAGGUUCCUACUAAACUGCCACUGACCGACCGGAAUAUCUACAGUGUACAUGUUUGUUAAAUUGCUGAGAAUAUCCAGAUACAAGACAAGUAAGAUGAUCUGGAAUUACAUCGUUUUAAUCCUCUGUUUACCAGCCUUCUCAUCCGGUAAUGAACGAACGAAGAAGGUUCUACUAAUCUCCAUGGAUGGAUUUAGAUGGGAUUAUCUAGAUAUGGUUCCAGAUUUACCCAACAUCAAAAAGAUGGCGGAUAAGGGUGUUAAAUUGCAGUAUGUAAACAACACUUUUAUCACAACCACUUUUGCUACACAUUACUCCAUAGCAACAGGUUUGUGGGAAGAGCACCAUGGAAUUGUUGGUAAUCAAAUGUAUGAUCCCGUAUUUAAAGAAAAAUUUAGUUAUGGUCCAAAUAUAGAAAAAUGGUGGAACGGGGGAGAACCAAUCUGGAUAACAGCAACUAAGCAAAAGUUGAAAACGGCUACUUAUUUCUGGCCCGGAAGCGAGGUUGAACUUCAAGGCCUACGACCGACUUUCUGGAAGCCGUAUAACAAAUCUGUCCCGUUCCAGGAACGAUUGGACACUGUUGUCAAUUGGUUCCAAAAUGAAAAUGUUGACAUGGCUACCCUGUACUUCUAUGAACCGGACAGUACCGGGCAUUCGUAUGGACCUUACUCUGAGGAGGUCAAAGAUAAAGUUAGAUAUAUGGACGGCGUCCUGGGAAAUCUAAUGUCUCAACUUAAAGAAGCUGGUGUUUUAGACACGUUGAAUAUAAUAUUAACCAGCGAUCAUGGUAUGACUGCCGUUAACAAAACCACUCGCUUAAUUGAUAUCUCCAACUAUGUAAAUAUGUCGGACAUUGUCAGGAUGCCGGACAAGGGAGCAAUUAUGCAGAUUGAACCUGUUGCUGGUAGAGAACAGGCUGUUUAUGAUGGUUUGAAAAAUGCCCAUCCGAACAUGACCGUUUAUUUGAAGAAUGAUAUCCCAGAACAUUUCCAUUUUAAAAACCAUAGGAGAAUCAUGCCUAUACUUGCUAUAGCUUCCGACGGCUGGUUAAUAGAUCAUGGGCCACUAAGCUGGGAUCCACAUGGGCAACAUGGUUACGAUAAUCGACUAUUAGACAUGCGUCCUAUCUUCCUAGCUCAGGGCCCUAAUUUUAAGAAGAACAUGACGGCCCAUUCCAUCAAUUCUGUUGAUAUUUAUCCAAUGAUCUGUGAAUUAUUAGACAUUAAACCAGCUCCACAUAACGGAACGUUAGAUAUAGUGUCUAACCUUCUAAAUAUUUCAGUAAAAGAUAUCAACGGAGGUAAUAAAAGGGAAACAACUCUAAUUACCAUAGUUGUGAUGGUGGUUCUGAGCUCCGCUUGUACCUUUUAAAUAGACAUAUAAUAGCAAGACCUUUAUUAUCUUAGUUAUUUCUGUAAUAAGAAGUUGAUGUUGUUUUUUUUUUCUAAAUUUAAAAUCUCCAUAGAAUAAGCGCUACACAUAGCUAAAUAAAUUUGUCGUUUUGUAAUAACCAAAUCUGAUCUUGAAUGAAUUUACAUCCGUCUAUAUUUAAGAGCUCAUAAUAUAGUCAUCUAGGUUUGGCGAUUUGCUUGAGAGAUUUCAAACGAAGUCUUACUUGUGGUGACAGAUUUUGACUGAACUUGCAAAAAAGGUAGGCUAUAACCAUCUUUCUUCUGGUGACAGAUUUAGCUUAAACUCGCUGGAAAGGUAUAGCCAUUUUUUCGCUAUUUUUGUAAUAAAUUUAUAAAUGUUUUAAUUAAAUACGCAUUAUGUAAGAGCUAAAUCAGCCUAUUGCAGUCUUAUUUUGGCUUCAGGAGAUAUUAAAACUAUUAUCUAGACAUUUAUUCACUCUAGAACAUCGGAUGGCGGAGAUUUAAACGGAUUAAAACAUGGUCGCCAUCUUAUGAUUUAAUAAUUACUCUAGAACAAUUAAAACACAUAACAUAGCUAGGUUUUUGUUCGUUGUUUUGUAAUAAAUUAAUGUUUUUAUUAAUUACCUUAGAACAAGUAAAACACAUAACAUAGCAAAAAUUAUUUUUCGUUAUUUUUGUAAUAAAAUUUAUUAAUAGAACACCGUUUUUAUGGGAUACAAUCACUAGUUUUAUUAAAAAAUCACGACGUUUCAACCAGUAUCCCCUUAUCGUUAUCAAGCACAAUGGCAUAUAUAGUAAACUUAAUGUGUUUCCCGAUCCUAAAUGCCACUCAAAGAUUAUUAAAUUUAUGUAUUUAUUAAUUGCUCUUGAACAAGUAAAACACAUAUGGUA